AUGAUGGAGAGACGAUGCAGAAGCACAGAUGUCCAGGAGCCUUGGCAGCAGCCAUGGGGGUUAUGGAGCCGUCUGGAGAGGAUGUUUGUGCUAUUUCGAUGCCAGCAAGAACCUCCCAUGGCCGAAGGAUAUAAGCGCUCUCUGUGGCAAAUUGCCCAUUGGCUGCCAGGGUACGAGAUUCCAAGGGCUUAUGAUACGAUCACCUGCUUACAAGCAUGGGAACAUCUCCACAGUAGCACUGUCGUGUCUUUCAACGCCGAAAGUUUUCAUACUGACAUUCUGUCAGCAAGGGCAUCAUCCCCAGUCACUGCCUAUCUGUUGCGAGAACAGUCACCGGCUAUACCAGAUACUUUCACACAUGUUCUCAUCGUUGUUAUCGUUGAGCAAGAGCCCUCAAAUGAUCUCUCGCGACCGGUGGUGCUCACUAUUGCGGCGGUCAUGGUUACGCGACUCGAAGGGGAGGAAUCUCCCGAGUGUUGCACUAUUCCAGUACUAGCCAUGACCGUAUUUGAACAAAUGAAGUUUCGAUUCCUUGACGCGUUCUAUAGCCAACGAGGCCUGGUGAUCAGAAAAACCGAGCUCUUUGAUUUUUCGACUAAUGAGCAGACGACCAAGAACAUGAGUACUGUUCUUGGUAUCAUGGCCUCUCGCCAAGUUGGAGAUCCCACGGACCUCACAACUAUUUGCUAG